CUACGCUUCUUCCCACACAGUUCCGCCCUUUUCUAAUCACGGGAAGGAGGAAACGUAUGGGUUGCGGUGCAGUUUUACAAAAUAAACUUUUAAUUAAACUUAACUUCGAUGCCUGGAUUACCGGAGAACGAAUGAAAUUUUCUAUAAUUCGCACAAACGUGGGAUUCUUUUUUCCCCCCAAGUUUCCUAUGGCGUGAGUGACAAGUUGAGAAAUAGAGGAUGGACAGAGGACAACACAGAGGAAAAUGGAAGAAAAAAUGUUGUUUUACUCUGUUUUUUUCGAUCUGUCUGGAUGUGUGUGCUGCUGCGGCUGUACCAGCUAGCUGCAAGGGCGAUGAGUUUCGCAGCUCGAAAGGCCACUGCUGUAACAAGUGUCCACCAGGAUUCAUUCCUGUGGAGGAGUGUGAGGGACCACGUCUGAGGACCAACUGCUCCGUCUGCCCCAGUGGGCAGUACAUGGAGAGGACCAACUACGCCAGAAACUGCUUCAUCUGUCGAACAUGUAAACCCGAGAAUUAUGAAAAGGAGUCCUCACCUUGCGAACCAACAAAAAACACAGUAUGUGAAUGUCAAGAUGGCUACGCCAAAAUCUAUAUCGACCGCAAUACCUGGGACUGCAUUGCACAGAAAGUGACAACUUGUUUGCCCCCGAAAGAUGUUGAAGAGCCAAGCUAUCAUUGGUCCUUCUUUGUGGGUGUGGCUUUAGUCGCAGUAAUCGCUGUGGUACUCCUGGUGUUUGGGAUUUAUAAGGUCCUGAAGAGAUUUAAGAGCGGGGUCAGGGAGUCGCCGGGUCUUCUGGAACCUGCCCCAGCUGAGAGUUCCACUGAAAAAUUACUCAUCAGUUCCAUUCCCAAAACGGAUUCCUCCAUCCAAGAGAGCACUCCUGUUUUCAGCGUAUUUCCUGGCAAUAGGACACCCGAUCUACCACCUCAACUGCCAGAUUGCAUCCCCCAAGAAUUCAAGUUUUCUCCUUUUGUCUACUUUUUGCUGGACCACGUUCCUGCAGACCGCUUCAAGGAGCUGGUGCGACACCUGGGUGUUUUGGAGCGGGACAUUGAGAGGGCGGAGAGGGACAAUCGCACCUUUAAGGAGAGCCAGCAUCAGAUGCUGAGGGUGUGGGGGGAGCGUGGGGGCGGGGGGGUGAAGGGGAUCCUCCCUCUCCCCGUGGUUUUGGAGCUGCUGAGCACGCUGAGGAUGAUGGGGCUGGGGGGCUGUGCUGAGGCCAUCGAAGAGAAGUACGGCAUUCAGUAGCGCCAAACGGGCGCGCUCGAGGGUGCGCACGUGCGCGCACACACAGUGACACGCAUAUACACACGUGCACCCGCGCACACGCGCACGCGCAGACACAGAUACAACACAGACAUGCACGCACGCACACAAACAUGCAGUCACACAGACACAGAUA